AUGCCCGACAUGCCGGCGGUCUUCCACUCGUCUACUUCUCCUCCUAAACUCGAUCUCGCCAGCGCCAACUCUCAACUCUUCCAGGUCCCUACCUCCGCCUCCGCAUCCUCCUCGCUAUACUCCCUCUCCGUGAGUCGCAAGCGCCCACGCCGCGACAACGAAAAGCUCUCAUCCAAAUUCGAUUUUUCAUCGGAAGAUGCCAGUCGUUCCCUUCUGGAAUCUGAAUAUCGUAAAACAAGCGGUCGUCAUGACUUCCACACCACUGCUGACCUCGACUAUCGUCCGAACCGCUAUCGCGAGUCUUUCCUCCCACCAUCGUUAGACGCCAGCGUGGAGAUGAUAGAUCAAGACACACAAGCAAAUAGCCGUAAGCGCAGCCGCCGCGACUCUUGCAUCGCCUCCCCGUCUGCGGAUGGUGCCGAUACCCCAACACGACUUGGAUGGGGACGCACGGUUAUCAAGGCAGUCGGCAAAGUACUAGACUUGUGUUGGACUGGAGCAUUCAGCGGAUUCUACGCUGGGGGCGGUCAAGGUUACGAUAUCCAAACCGGGUCACCAGCACAAUAUACUGCGGCCUGGCAGUCUCCCGUUUCGGUGGAGAAGGAUUCGAUCUUUCGAACACCCAUCCCGGGUCAGUAUCCCGACGAAGAGAUCGAGCGAAGCUGGGUGGUCGUUCCCACUGAGCCAGCAAAUCCUUUCGUCGGCGACAGUAUGGGUAGUCCAUCUUUGAAAGCUCGCCGAAUUCACCAGGCUUCCAGUCCCCGCCGUCGUCCAGCCGUGAUGCCCCGAUUGAACAAAAGAGCCGCCCCAUCUGCUUUGCGGCCGUCAACACCCACGAAAGGUGUGGGCCUCGGUCUUCCAUCCCCGCGAUCAAGAGAUGGCCCGGGAUCGGCUGAGGGGCAAAGACAAGCUGCUCGAUUACGCCGCAGAGAGCGUGAAGAGGAUGCUAGCAUCCAGCGCUUAAACAAACAACUUCAAGCGAUGAUUCGCGAGGGCAAGGAAGCCCUCGGUACGACGGUGGAAGUGGAUGAUAUUGAGAUGGACUACGAUUGA